AUGGGCUGCAGGCAUAGUGGUCCCCGGAUGCCCCCACUGGAACAGCAGCAGGGGCACUCAUUGGACCGGCGGAAGGAACGCGAUGUAGUGGACAUGAUGCCGGGGGAUGGUGUAGACGCGAAAAGCGCACAUGUGGCGGGUUUAAGUGGUGCAACGAGCGUGGAUGGCCCACAAGGCAAGCCGUCGCGCAGAGAUGACGUCUAUUCCCCAAUGCCGCCACAGGUACCGUCAAACUCCUGGUACGCACGGGAGUUCACGGAGGUGACCAGGAUGUCUCUUACGGAGUUUCACAUGAAAAAAAGAGGCAACGUUGUCUUUUCCAACGCAUACAUUCCGGUCGGAGCUUCGGAGUUGGAGAAACUUCCCGGACGCGCCCCGCCGACGCCAGCGACGCUGGAGAUUGGGAGGGACCUCGUGUACGGCAUGGCGUACCUUCACAACACACCGCUCUUUACGGAACACCAGUGGCGUCUGCGGGUGGCCCAUCACGCGAAGUGGCGGCAGGAUGAAGGAAAAAAACACGAAGGGAGCGAGGAGCGUCGGUCCAUUUGCCGAAAAGAGUGGGCGAAAACGAUUUACGAUCGGCCGGGCAUUGACACGUUAGUGGGCAUACGCGUUUUUGUUGAAAACAAACUCGUGCCCGACGAAUACCCCACAACCAGGAGUAUUCCAAACUGCACUGCCACGAUAGACACCAGCGAGGCAUUCAACAAUUGGAUUUGUAUUCCUAUCGUACUUGUGGGGUAUUUGAACAACUUUCUUCUGGGUACUAUCACGUUGUACCGGUUUCUUUCACUCAACUUUGCAGGGUACAUGCUGCGUCAACCCAUCAACCUCAGCGGAGUUGAGGCAGCUGCAGCCGGCUAUGAUGGUGACGGUGAAGGGGCAAAUGACUGCAGUGAUGAUCAUGCCAGUCGAAAGUUUGAAAUUUAUGUUGAGGUGGUUUACGGAUGUUCGUCGGAGUUUAACUUCUGCACCGAUUACAUAUCAAAAGGUAGCGUCCAAGUUAUUAUGACAAAGCGAUCAAAGUUAGCUUUGAAAACUUACAAAGAGAGGCUCCAUAAGUUGAUUCAAGGUAGUCUUCUUUCGCGCGAGCAGGUGGUUCCUAUGGACCGAUUGGAGAUGGUGGCACAGCAGCAGUCAUCGCGUAAUUGUUUGUUUUGUGGAUCCCCGCUGCGUUACACAUGCACCAUAUGCGGCGCCCAGCUCUGUGGUACGCUUAUGUGCGUCUGGCGCCCCUUUGCUGGGUAUCCUAGCGGAUGUUCCGUCCAUAAAGCACAGGUAAUAAUGUGA